AUGGACCUGGGGCCGUCGCGCCGCCCGUCCGCGGGCGGCAACGGCAGCCGCGUCAGCGGGGACGCAGAGGGCGACGAGCGUGACGACGGAGAGCACGGCGUCGUGAGCCACCUAAACCGUUUUGUCAUGGGGGAGCGGAGCAAGAAGAGGAAGGUAUGGGAGUUCUUGCUCCUAGUCAUGCUCCUCUACAUCGCCCUGUGGUUCCCUUACAGCCUGGCGUUCGAGCACUUCCGGCUCCGCAGCGACCCACAUGCUCCGUGCGAGUUAUACGUUCCACCCACGCACAUGAUCAUCUGGGAUUGGAUCGUGUACGCAUUCUUUUUGGUCGACUUUAUUCUGAAUUUUUUCCUGACCUACCGCACCAGCGGUCACACGAGCGUCGAGGUGUUCGACAUCAGGAUGAUAGCGGCCAACUACCUCCGGUUCUUCUUCUGGGUAAAUGCGGUGGCUUGCCUGCCAGCAGAGGCAUUUGAGCCCAUCAUUGUGGCCUCGACAGUGGACCCAGGCGGCUGCACCUAUGAUCCUUCUGUUGAUGCCGACAACGAGGCCUUGUCCGCGAACGCUGCCAGCCGCUUGUGGCGGUUGCAGCGCGCCACCAAGCUGGCCCAAAUGGCGCGGCUUGUGCGAAUAGUCAAAGUCGGGUCCAUAAUCAAAGUCGUGGAUCUAGAGCAGAACCUACGAGUGCUUAACUCCUCGCGCGGCGUCCGGGCGUUGAACUGGAUCGCGGGCCUGAUGUGGGUGGUGCACAUGAUGGCGUGCGGCUGGUACCUCGUGGCAGCAAUGCAUACGGACCACCAGCUCACCUGGGUCGCAUCCCGCGGCCUGCUGGAGGAGCCGGGAGUCGUCCAGUGGAGCCACGCCAUGUAUUUCAUCCUGACGAUUUUCACGACAGUGGGCUUCGGCGACAUGUCCGCGUACACGGUGGGCGAGAUUUGUUACGUGGUAUUGGUGAUGAUCAUCGGCGCCGUGGUGCACAGUAUUACCAUGGGCGAGGUGAUCAGCUUGGUGUUCGCAGCCGACAGUUCCACGAUGUGGAAGCGCAGGCAGAUGAAGAUGCUGGAGUCUUACGGGGACGACACCUCGCUUCCCGAAAAGACGGUUGUAAGCCUCUGCGAGUUUGUCCGACAUCUCGACAUGAGGGGGGGGGCCUAUGACCAAAAACACAUGUACAGGUUCUUUACCGAAUUUACGAUGCCGAGGAAGCUGCUCGGAGAGCUCCCCACGCAGCUCUUCAAUGGUUUCCUCCUGAGGAACAAGUUGGUUACGACCUGCGCGAGGACAUUGGGUGGGGAGUUGCCGCCGCGGUUCCCGCUGCUCCUAGCGACGCUCCUCUACCCCCAGGUGUUCAGAGAGGAGAAUGUGGUCUAUCAGAUGCACGACCACUCGUUUCACAUAUAUCUGGUCAUGAGCGGCAUUUUCUGUUACGUGGGCGAGGUUGAGGACUCUGAUUUCGGGAGGAAUGCAUUUGUCGACGCCUCGCGGAGUGGCCCGAAGAAUAUGGUUCUGAUGACGCGCCAGCCCACGGGUCGCAAGCAGCUGCGGGAUCGGCCGACUAGAACCGUCAACCCGGGGGAGGGGAGGAGGCUCUACAGCAGUCGCGAGGCGGAGAACACAUCGUCGAUGCUGGAGCAGGGCUUCAGUGCCUGGACGCCGAAGCACGGCAACGGUGAGCCGUGGUUGCAGGUGGAUUUGGGCACCGUCAAAAAGGUGAAAGGGAUCGUGAUGCAGGGGCAUCCGAAAGAAGACCAGUGGGUGAAGAAGUACAAGGUCCAGUACUCGCUUCUCGAGGAGGGGCCGUGGGCUGAGAUUGAUGACGUCUUCGUCGGCUGCGCCGACAGGAGCACCGAAUCCCUAGCAGAGUUCGCCCAAGUGCCGGCCCGCUUCGUACGUGUUCUGCCGGUCGAGUGGCACCGCAAAAUCUCCGCACGGGUCGGGGUGAGCGCCGUCGCCCCCCGGGUCUAUUCCUACAGGGUGUUCAACAAGAUGGAUUUCUUCGGGGAGGAGGUGCUGAUGGGGGACCCGGAGCGGACGCGGACGCGGCAUGCCACCGCACGGUGCGACACGGCUGGGGAGGUCCUCAUCCUGCACAAGCGCGACCUGCUGCCCAACGGCAGCGGGUUCCCCGAGUUCCAGCCGGCCCUCCGGGCCGAAUGCGCCAGGCGCCACGCGCAGCAGGCCAGGAGACUGCAGUGGCUCGCGGCGAGCACCAGGCGCUGCAGCUUCGCUGCCGCAGGCGGCCUCCUGCGCGGCGAGCCCGCGGGCGGCGCGGCCAACUGCGCGGCGUACAGCCUCCAGAUCGCCUGGAGGAGGUACUCUGCGGCCAAGGCCGGGGGAGAGGCCCGCGGGAACCAGGAGGCCCCGGCGCCUCCGUCGGACUCACCGUCGGACUUCGAGAGCAGGUUCCUCUCCCUCAUCGGGGGGCUCGCGGCGGAGGUGAAGGAGCUCAAGACGAGGCUGGCGCUGCUCACCGAUGGCGAUGGCACGUCUGGCACGCUGUGA